CCCGGAUGCCUGGGUCCCCCGACUGCCCUGGGGCUUUGAGAGGUGCCCAGCUUGUCCCCCGCUCCCACCAGCCGAAUGGAUCGAGGACCUGCUUGUAAUCCUCCCCCUCCAGGUGCCCAAGGAGGAGGCGCUGGCCUUCGCCCAGGAGAAUCACAUCCCCUACAUGGAAGCCUCGGCCAAGAUCCGCCUCAACGUAGACGAGUCCUUCCAUGAGGUCGUCCGAGCCAUCAGGAGGUUCCAGGAGCUGGAAACCCCCCCUGCUCCUACUGUGCACCCCACAACUAAAGAGUCCAAUGGCUGCCCCUGCUGCAUCCUGUGAUGGGGGCCCCCCA